AUGGCUCUGGACAAGGCUCAGUACAAGGAUCGGGAGUUUCUUGCCGUCAUUGGCGAUGAGGACUCAGUAACUGGCAUCCUGCUCGCUGGCGUAGGCCAUGUGACCGACCCUCCCGACUCGCAAAAGAACUAUCUUGUCGUCGACCAGAAGACCGAGGAUUCGACCAUCGAGGGCGCAUUCGAUGCAUUCACAACAGAGCGGAAGGAUAUUGCGAUUGUCUUGAUAAAUCAACAUAUCGCAGACCGGAUACGAGCGAAAGUGGAUGGAUUCAGCGCAGCCUUUCCUUCGGUGCUGGAAAUACCCAGCAAAGACCACCCUUACGAUCCAGAAAAGGACAGUGUCAUGAAGAGAGUACGGAAGCUGUUUGGAGAAUAG